UUCUUACACACACUCUCGAAUCCACCAAAACGAAUCUCUCUCUCUCUCUUUUUUUUUCUCACUCUACAAUCCAUCCAGUUAGAAUACCAAAGAGAAGUGCUAAUAAAUCAAUUCCAAUUACAAUUAGGUAAAAUAAAUGUAUUAUAAAACUUGUCCUGAAAUGGCCGCGGCAAUUUAUAACCCUUUGUUUCUCUUUCUAUCUCACUUUAGAAGAUGUUGAGACCCCAUGUGGUCGAAUCCUGUUUUCUUUAUCUCCGUGACCAUCUUUCAGACCAUACCAACUUCAUUUCAUUUCUAUACCUCCCAAUUUAUAAAAUUUGAUCCCCCUUUUUAGUCAAAUGAGCUUUAAUUUUCGUUUUCUCAAAUAGUCUAUACUUCAAAUUCAAAACCCAACAAACGAAUUUUAAAAUAUGAUCUCCAUACUUGCAAUUGCAACACUCCUUAUUUCAACGACUCUGUUCCCGAUUUCCGUUGCUGUGGUCGUACGAGGGCAAUUCUCUGUUCCGGCCUUCCCAGUAGAAACCGAAAAUCAAGCCUGCCGGUUGGACUUAUCGGACGAGCUAUUCGGGGGAGUGAGUCAAGCCUGCAAUGGGAACCUAGACCGGAGCCGGUGCUGUCCAGUGCUAGCCGCAUGGCUAUUCGCGGCUCACGCUAGGACGGCGUUGGAAGUGUCGGCUCCAGCUCCAUCAGCCGAAAUCGAUCUGCCAUUGAUGCCAGACGAUUCCCAGAAAUGCGCAGAAUCACUUCAGAGCUCAUUGGUGAGGCGCAAUAUCAGAAUUCCCCAGCCGAAUUCCAGCUGUGACGCCGUUUUGUGCUUCUGUGGAAUUCGACUCCAUCAGAUAAGUUCCUUGUCUUGUCCUGCCGCAUUCAAUCUCUCCGGCUUCCAAAAUGCAUCCCCGACAACGGCGGUUCGUGAUUUGGAGACGAAUUGUCGUAAUGCCUCUUACUCUGGUUGCACUAAAUGCCUUGGCGCACUUCAAAAGGUAAAGGGGGCUGGAGAUAGGAGCACGACGGCAAGAGCAAGAAAAAUGUUCAACAGAGACUGCCAAUUGAUGGGUCUCACAUGGUUGCUUGCUCGUAACAAAACGGCGUACAUUCCGACGGUUUCGGCGGUUUUGAGAGCAAUUAUGUACAGUGCCCAUCCGCCUCACAAUUCCAUGUGCAGCCCAGAUCAAGAGAACAUGCCACUGGCUGUUGAUUCUCUUCAAUUUGAUGACGCACAUUCAAUUUCACACUCACAACCCUCCAUUUUUAUGUUUUCAUUUUUUCGCUUAGUGCUAACGCCUUUUGUUUGCCUGUUCUUAGUAAAAGUAUGGCCGUAGUUUGUUGGACUGUUUUGGAGGGUAAGCCCACAUCGUGUCACGUGAAGCUGUUGAUUUUGUCUGCCUUUUAUACCCUACCGUAAAUUCUUGAUACAGCGGUAAAUACUUUUGUUUAUUUUUUUUUUCUUUUUUUUUUCUUUUCUUUAUGAUUUGAAUUCAAUUUGGUAUAUGAAUAUGAAUUUUAUAUGGUCAGUUCAUUUAGUUUCA